AUGUACAUUGCAGACAGUUUAAAGCGGACAGUCGCCUUUCAUGCGGUGAGUGUUGACCAUAUACACGCCAGAGGACACAGUCCACUCGUCCUGCCUGUUGCCCAGACCAACGAGGCCAAUGCCUACGACGUCAGCACCGGCUUCUUCACAGCCCCCGUCAGCGGUCUGUACAUCUUCCGCACCAACUUCAUGUGCGCCGACCUCACGACCUACGUCCACGCUGACAUCUACGUCAACGGGGUGUACGUUGCGGGCUCCAUGUCCGACUGCAGACGUGGCUACCUGGAUAGUGUCAGCACUGAAGUCAUCGCUCGGGUCCAGACCGGCCAGAAGGUCAACCUGGGCAACCCUGACGACUCUACUUCUGCCUACUACGGUCAUAAGUACACGACAUUUUCGGGUUUCCUUCUUCAAGCUGACUGAAACCGCUCGAUGGAAAUAUACCAAGUAUAGUUCGCCUAAGCAUGUUUGAAAAAGUAUUCUUAAAGUGUUUGAUUCUAAAACUAAAUUGCUGGUUGUAUCUUGUAUAUUUGUCGAACAACCGCAAAAAAUAAUUUUUAUUUAGAACAGGAUGCUUAUAUAAUCUUCUGUUUAAAUAGUAUGAUUUUUUUAAACUGAUGAGUAAUCUUGCUUUAAAGAUUGCAAUAAAGAUACACAUUUGCAUGAAUUCGUAGUCAGAGAA